AUGCUGAGGAACUAUAUUUUCACGUUUAGAAGGUUCAGACUGAAGAAUCUUAUAAUCUUUUUAUGUAUUGGUAUUGCAUUACUAAUAUGUGGUAUGGUUUAUAAAAUAUUAGAUCUUUCUAAAAAUCAUAUGGAUUUAGCUGGUAGCACUUAUAACCAGUUGCUGGACUAUGUAGAUACAUUUCUUCCUGAUUUAGACAACAACAAUGAUAAAGAAGACAGGCCAGUAUCUAAUACCGAUGAUUCAUCCGUACCCAAGAAAGUGGAGGAACCAGUUGAUUAUGACUCGAUACUAAAAAUGUUACAAACACCACUAUAUAACCAGACGAUGGAUGAUUUACAAAGAGAAGAGAAAAUAAAGGCUAAUUUUAAGUUAUACGAUAGAAUUCUUGCUCAACCUAUUAUUGAGCCACAAGUUGAUGGCUUGGUACGCCCAGGAACUCCACUUGCAGGUAAAGCCAAUGCUACAAUCUUAUCAUUAGUUCAGAAUAAAGAUAUUAAUGCUAUUAUAUCUACCAUCAAGCAAUUAGAAGACACUUUCAAUAGUAAGUUCGGAUAUCCAUAUACCUUUAUGAAUGAUGAAGAAUUUUCUGAUAAUUUUAAACAAAGAAUAUGGGAAAUAUUACCUAAGGAACGUCUAAUACAUUUUGUUAAGAUAAAUCCAAACGAUUGGAAUAGGCCAGGGAAUAUAGAUGUGACAAAAUAUAAUGAAGCGAUGGAUAAAUUAGAAGCUGAAGAUGUUCAAUACUCCAAAAAAUUAUCGUAUCAUAACAUGUGUCGUUUCUACUCAAGUAAAUUUUAUCAUCAAGAUGUAUUAAGUAAUUAUAAAUAUGCGUGGAGAAUUGAACCAAAUGUGAAUUUCUAUUGCAAGAUAGAUUAUGAUGUUUUCCAAUUUAUGGAACAAUAUGACAAAGUAUAUGGGUUCACAUUAAAUCUAUAUGAUAGUCCUCAAUCUGUAAGGACUUUAUGGGAAACCACGUUUGAAUUUAUUAAAGAAAACCCACAUUAUUUGAAUAAGAAUGGUGCAUUUGAGUGGAUCAAAGAAAAUAUACAAAAACCUCGAAAUUUCAAUAUUACAAAUGGCUAUUCGACAUGCCAUUUUUGGACAAAUUUUGAGAUUAACAAUUUGGAUUUUCUUAGAUCUGAACCAUAUGAAAGAUAUAUGGAACAUUUGGAGUCUAAAGGAGGGUUCUAUUACGAAAGAUGGGGUGAUGCACCAGUAAGAAGUCUUGCAUUAGCUUUAUUUGCUGAUAAAUCUAGGAUACAUUGGUUCAGAGAUAUUGCAUAUCAUCAUUUCCCAUAUACUAAUUGCCCAAAAUCACCUUUUGAUUCCGAUAGAUGCAAUGGCAACUGUGUAGCUGGCAAGUUUUCUCCAUAUCCUAAUUUAAACGUUGAAAAUUGUAUGCCUACAUGGUUAGAAUACAGUAUGACAGAGGAUCAAUUGAAAUUAUACGAAAUAAAUUAA